UGUCUGCAGUUACACGGUUGUGAUUGAGACCCAGAUUCUGCAAAAUGAAGAUUGUAUUUAUCUGCCUGUAUAAAAUGACAGGACAGUCUGCCCCUGGUCUCGAUAUGCUCAUCUCACCUAGCGGCCGUGGUGUCAAUUAAAAAGGUCUACUCAUGGAGGUGGGCAGCAGCUCUGCUCCAAGCCGUGCCCUUGGGUCUGUGGUGCAGGUGAGCUUCCCAGCGGUGCAGACCUCCGUUCUGGACAGUCUGAACCAGCAGAGGGCGCAGGGACAGCUCUGCGACCUCUCCAUCCAUGUACAGGACCAUGUGUUCAAGGCCCACCGCUGUGUGUUGGCCGCCUCUUCACCGUACUUUCACGACCAGGUGCUUCUGAAGAACAUGUCGACCGUCUCUAUCCCGGCGGUGAUGGACCCUCUGGCCUUUGAGAGCGUCCUGAGCUGUGCAUACACGGGACAGCUUCGCAUGCUCCGAGACAACAUCGUAAACUACCUCACUGUGGGAAGUGUGCUCCAGAUGUGGCACAUUGUGGACAAAUGCACAGAACUCCUGAAGGAAGGCCGGGCUACAGGAACUACGGGAGGGGGGUCCGAAGGAGAAGGGGUCCCAAAUGAGGAUGGUAUCAGGAAUGGGAGAGUGUUAGCUAACCCUGGUUGUAGCAGUAGCAACGGGAACAGUGGAGCUACAAGUGGAGGAGAUAGUUCAGGUUUACAGCAAGGUACUUCAAGUGAAAUGCAGAGGGUAAACCAAUCUAACCAUCCAUCGUUGAGUGAAAGCCAGUCACCCAGCAGCACCAACUACUUCAGCCCCAGAGAUGGCAGCAGUUUUGGGGGUAAUGCGGCGGCUACAAGUGCUUUGGGAGACGGAGCAGGGUCCAGCCACACUCCCAGCUACUGCACCCCGUCCGGAGGUGAGGAGGCGUUUCUCAUCGAGGAGGAGGAGGAGGAAGAGGAAGAGGAGGAAGAGGAGAUCUUGUAUCAUCAAAGGAAAAGGACGAGAGUUGGAGGCAGUGCUCGGAGGAAGAAAACAAGCUCCCUAUCAGAACAGGAAGUCGGGGUCAGCGAUAGCUUUGGUGUGUCGUCAUAUCAGGAUGGCGAGGAGCAGAAGCGGCCGACCUACUCUCAGCCCAGUAUCAUGCCUCGUAAACAGUGGGUCGUGGUGAAAACAGAACACACGGAGGACGACGACCUCAUUGUGGUGUCAGGAGAAGAAGCAGGAGACGAUGAAGAGGAGGAGGAAGAGAGAGAGGCCGAACUGUCUCGAGAAAGGAAUGAUUUUAAUAUUUCCAACGUGCGGAGUUUGUCUGCGGAGCUCGGCAAUAGAAGUGAAACCGACAUGGAGUCACAGGCCGACUAUUGCCCGACUCCAGAGGACUACCUCAAGUUCGAAGGCAGUUUGAUGGAGCACACUUUGGCUCAGCAGCUGCACGAGAGCUCAGCACAGAGCUCCAACCGUGUCUCUGCUUUACUGGGUCAGGUGCAGUCAGCUGCCUCCGCCCGAGCCCUCUUCCCACUCGACAUGCAGGGAAACCAGAUUCUCCUCUACAGCCAAGCCUCCGCUCUGUCCAUGGAUUCUGCUACAGCUCCUAUUGGCAUGGCAGGUACUAUGAUCCCAGGAGCAGCAUUUAAGAGUCCUAACUUGGAGCACGGAGCUGCACAUCUCUCUCUACAAAGCAGUUUAGACGGAGCAGAUGGUAGUGGGGUAGGAGCUAAUGGAAAUAAUGCUACAUCAGGUAAAGUUUUCAUGUGUCACUGCGGGAAAACAUUUACUCACAAAAGCAUGCGCGAUCGUCAUAUCAACAUGCACCUCGACCUGCGCCCCUUCCACUGCCCGGUCUGCUCCAAGAAAUUCAAAAUGAAGCAUCACCUCACGGAGCACAUGAAAACUCACACGGGACUCAAGCCGUACGACUGUUUGGGAUGCGGGAAGAAAUUCAUGUGGAGGGACAGUUUUAUGAGGCACCGCGCUCACUGUGAGAGAAGGGGAGGGGCGGGGGAGGGAGGAGGUGGGGGAGGAGAGGGGGAUACCAGGAGAAUCAGUGAAGAUGGGGGAGAGAUGAUGUCGUCACCUCAUUUGGUCAUGUCUGAAACAGGUCAUGGGGGAGGAGGAGGGGGGAGAGUACAGCAUAACAACAACAGUGUAACCAAUGGCAACUUGAGCAACAAUAUGGCGCUGCUCGGACAGGCCUCUCAAAAUCCUAGUCAUCAGGGAUCGGGUAUUUUUGCGGGUUUAGGGAUAGGGCGGAGUAUGUGCGAGGAGGACGCAUGUGAAGUUAAUCAAAGUAGCGUGACAUAAACCAAAAUCAUUGUGAAACGGGUGCCUAUAUUUUCAACAGUAAAUCCUCUUCUUUGUUGUUCUAAACUUACAAAGUGCAGUACUUCUUAUUUAAGUGCGUAUGGCAGGUUUUCUUAUUUCUAUAAAUAUUACUUCAAAUGGUGGGAUGGUACCUGUGGUAAAUAUUGUUUGUUAGUUUUAAACCAGUCAAAUAUCAAUUUGUGAAGAAAAGUAGAAAAAAGUUGUAAUGUACUGGAAGUGUCCCUGUAAAAUAAUCUAUUUCAAAAAUACAGGGACUAUUUUCAUGUCUGACAUUUUAAACAUUAAUUUAACAAUGUAAAGGCAGAAGGUAGAGGUCAUACAUUUUUAUUUGUCAAAUAACUAUUGUAUAAACUUCACCAAAGUUAAAUAUAACCUACAAAUUUAUUUACUUCAACUAUAUUUUAGGGAAAUGAGUCGUCUAACCUGUCAUAUGCACUUCACAACCUCUUGCUUGCAUUUUACGUAGUUAAGAUGUUGUAUGCACAAAGUACUUAAUACUUCAAGUGUUUUUAGAUUUCUAUUUGGUUGUUGUGAAGUGACUGUGUUGAACCUAAUACCCACAAACUAUAUCAAACCUCAGCUUGGAGAAGUGGCCUCAUUAUAGUGGACCUCAGAGUUUGAAUGUGUUUCAUACCAAAUAUAGUUCAGUGCUAGUGCCAGUAUCAAGUAUUUUUCAAGAUAUUUCAAAACUAGAGAUGUCACAUUAUCAGAUUUUAGUGGUAUGAUAUGUGUGCGAAGAAACACCAUUUUCCAUGACCAAAUGCAGUUAAGUCCUUUAUUUCCUUUCAUUCACAUUCUUUAUAUAAAAAGUGAGGAGGUUUUAGAUGCAAAUAAAUAAACUGUUUUGUUACUU